CUGCCAUGGAGGAGGCAGCGAUGAGCUCCUGAAACCCUUCCAAGGCAGUGUGGAAUACAGUUGGAAGCACACCUUCAAACUGAGUGUCUUCAGAGAGCUGCUGGUGAAGGCCGGGACCAGCUUUUUGCUUCGCAUCCGCUCCCACACUUUGUCCCUCACCACGUGUGGUCCCUUACUGUGCCCAUCACCCUCACCCGGCCUGCAGUGGGUGCUGGAUUACAAGCCUCUCAUCAUCCCUCCUCUUGGGAUGCAGCAGUUGGGGAUUUGCUAAUCCCUUCUCUUUCAGAGCACAGAUUCCCUGCAGCCUCCUCUCCCCUUGCUCCCACCACACUGAUGGUCCUUCCGUGACUGAUUUUAGCAGGGACACCUCUUGACAUGGUGCUUCCCUUGGUGUUUGCACAGGCAGAGACCUCGUGAUGGCAACUCCGGAUGUCAGUGUUCACAUGGAGGAGGUGGUGGUGGUGACAACACCCGACGGUGCGGUGGAUGGAGGCGGCGUGGAGGAGGUGAAGACGGUGCUGGUCACCACCAACCUGUCCCAGCAUGGUGGUGACAUAAAUGAAGACACAUUGGAGACUGAAAAUGCAGCUGCUGCGGCUGCUGCCGCCUUUACAGCCUCCACGCAUCUGAAGGAAGCAGUCCUAGAAGUGAAGAUGGCUGAAGAUGAGGACAGUUUGGAGGCAGAGAUUGUCUACCCCAUCACCUGCGGGGACAGCAAAGCCAACCUCAUCUGGAGGAAGUUUGUGUGCCCAGGGAUCAAUGUGAAGUGUGUGCAGUUUGAUGAUCACCUCAUUAGUCCCAAGGAGUUUGUCCACUUGGCUGGCAAGUCUACCCUGAAGGACUGGAAGCGGGCGAUUCGGAUGAAUGGGAUCAUGCUCCGGAAGAUCAUGGACUCAGGAGAGCUGGAUUUCUACCAGCACACAAAGGUCUGUUCCAACACGUGUCGCAGCACCAAAAUCGACCUGACUGGAGCCAGGGUGUCCUUGACCAGCCAGACAUCGACUGAGUACAUCCCUCUCACCCCCGCCUCUGCGGAUGUGAACGGAUCCCCAGCUACGAUUACCAUAGAAACAUGUGAGGAUGCCAGCGACUGGAGCACCAGCAUUGGAGAUGACACCUUUGCUUUCUGGCGAGGCCUGAAGGACACGGGUCUGCUGGAAGAAGUGAUCCAGGAGUUCCACCAGGAGCUGGUGGAGACCAUGAAGGGCUUGCAGCAACGAGCACAGGAUCCACCGCUGCAGCUGGGUGAUGCUGUUUUACUCAACAAUGUCGUCCAGAACUUUGGGAUGCUGGAUCUGGUCAAGAAAGUCCUGGCCAGCCACAAGUGUCAGAUGGAUCGCUCGAGGGAGCAGUACACCCGGGAUUUAGCAGCUCUGGAGCAGCAGUGCGACGAGCACCGCAAGCGAGCGAAGGAGCUGAAGCACAAAGCGCAGCAUCUCAACAACGUCCUCAUGACCCUCACCCCCGUCUCUGUCCCCACGCCUUUAAAACGUCCCCGGCUGACCCGAGCCACCUCCGGCCCCGCUGCCAUCACCUCGCAGGUGCUGCCGCAGCCGGCACAGCUCGCCGUCACCCCCGGCGUGCCGGUCUCCCAGCUCACCAACCUCCCUCUCGGCAAAGUGGUCUCAACCCUGCAAGCCCCGGUGCUGGGGAAGAGCUCAGCCCAACCUCCUGCCACCAGCUCCCCGGCCUCCCCGCUGCUGGGGGGGUACACGGUGCUGGCCUCCGCCGGCUCCACCUUCCCGGGCGCGGUGGAGAUCCACCCGGACGCUUCCAACCUGACGGUGCUGAGCACGGCCGCGGUGCAGGACGGCAGCACGGUGGUGAAGGUGGUGAGCCCCUUCCAGCUGCUCACGCUGCCGGGACUCGGCACCACCAUCCAGAACGUGACUCAGGUGGCUCCCAGCGGGAGCACGCUCGUGACUGUCCCCUCCGGUGCCACCGAGGCCACCGGGGAUGAGCACCCCGCCGCCGCCACCAUCGAGGUGAGCGCAGUGGCUGAGGAGGCGGAGCAGAAGUGAAGGGGGGGACGUGCCUGGAGGGACGCUGGCCGUGCUCUGGGUGGACCUUGCCUUCUCUCUGGCUGCGCUAUGGGACGAGGAGCGGUGUAAGGAGGGGCAGGGGUGAAGGAGACUCAGAGCACUCAACAUCGGUAACCAGGGGCAGGUCAGAGGGAAGGAGGGGGAGGAAAGAUGCCUGGAGAAGGGGAAGGUGGAAGUGCCCUGUUUGGAGGAGAGAAAAGAAACCAAAAGCUUACUUUUGUAUAAAGCUUUCCUCCCCUGUUCUCUUUGACAGUUCUUCUGCUCUGGCUCAUCAGCCCUGCCUCAUCUGCAGGCAGACCUGGAGCAGUGUCCAUUGAGGAGCAGGGAUGCAGGGCAAGGAGGAAGGAGGUAGUGGAAGAAGGAGCAGGCGAAGCACUGAGCAGGCACCGAUCUGGCUGCUGCGGGCUGAUGGGAGUCAGGGAAAGGCUGCUCCCCAUCCCUAAGGGCUGCAGGGAGGGAGAGGGGAUGCCGGGAGCAGGAAGAGGCUGUGCAUGGCAGCAUAGGCACAAGCCCUGGGAGCUUGGCUUCUGCGUGUGACGCUGGCUUGGGGUGGCAGGAACAAGUGGGAGCUUGUGAUGGUGGUCACGAUGCAUUGCCCAGCUCUGCUGGGGGAAGGAAGGAGGGAGAGGAACCCCGAGAGCCGGGGGAGCUGUAACCUGUGAGGAUUUAGGGUCUCUUCUUGUUUUCUCUAAAAAUCCAUCCUCGGGGAUUUAUUUUUUUUAAUGCAAACAGCAGUUUUUAAGCAAAACCCUUUGUGAAGGAUGUGCUGGGAGAUGGAAACGUUGGAUGUGCGGAGCUGAGCUCAACAGCGCUCCAGGGACCUUGCACUUAAAGAGUGCAGGA